GCGGACUCCUCGUGGUUCCGGGUCUCACUUCGGAUCUGCGAGCUCUUCGCGGAGAGACGGAGGCUCCGGCCCGAACCCCGCAGGAAACCCAUUUCCCUCCCUUGAACCUGCUGCGAAAGUCUGGCCUCGGGUCAUUGGCAGUUUCUUUGAAACCCUCGCAGACUCCGGCGUGGUCAAGGUCGCGCCGCCGUGCCGGCGUCGGCGCCUGGAUUCGCGCACCGACUGAAGUCAGGGCUGAGCCCUGCGAGGCUUCGUGGAGCCAAGAUGACCCACUCUUUGGUUUGUCCGGAGACAGUGAGCAGGGUGAGUUCAGUGCUGAAUCGCAACACCAGGCAGUUCGGAAAGAAGCAUCUAUUCGACCAGAACGAGGAGACGUGCUGGAACUCGGACCAGGGCCCCUCCCAGUGGGUGACACUAGAGUUUCCCCAGCGCAUCCGUGUCUCCCAGCUGCAGAUCCAGUUCCAGGGGGGCUUCUCCAGUCGCCGGGGCCACCUGGAAGGUUCCCAGGGGAGUGAGGCUCUUAGCAAGAUUGUGGACUUCUACCCUGAGGACAACAACUCACUUCAGACCUUCCCUGUGCCAGCUGCCGAGGUGGACCAGCUGAAGGUGACAUUUGAAGACGCCACUGACUUUUUUGGCCGAGUAGUCAUCUACCACCUGCGGGUGCUGGGGGAGAGGGUGUGAGGCCACUGGGUAGCCGACUCCC